ACUAAAUAAAAAACUUAACGAGAGUCCGACCAAUCGGAGAACUCUUGGUGGGUGUGUCCAUGGCGGCUUCGCUCGCUUCCACACUCUUCUCCUCCACUCCCAGCGUCUCCCGCUCCUCUUCGUCCCCCAAUCCAUUCCCCAAAAUCUCUCUCGCCAGAUCUCUCUCGCACUUUAGAACCUCCAGUUGCCUCGCCGUUCGCGCCAACCUGAUACGGAGCUGUUUCGAUCCGGAGGUCCACGACUCGCGCACUCGAUUGAAGAAACUCGUGGACUCCUUGCUCGUGCUCUGCGCUUCCGCUGCAUUGUCGGCGUCGGUGUUUCUUACCGAUGUUGAUUCCGCCUCCGCGUUCGUCGUUACCCCUCCCAGGAAGUUGCAGUCGGAUGAGCUUGCUACUGUUCGUCUUUUCCAGGAGAACACUCCCUCCGUUGUCUACAUUACUAAUCUGGCUGCUAGGCAGGAUGCAUUUACAUUGGAUGUUUUGGAGGUGCCGCAGGGAUCGGGAUCUGGAUUUGUGUGGGAUUCACAGGGCCACAUUGUUACAAAUUAUCAUGUGAUCCGAGGUGCUUCUGAUCUCAGGGUUACCCUUGCAGAUCAAAGCACUUAUGAUGCAAAAGUUGUUGGAUUUGAUCAGGAUAAAGAUGUUGCCGUGUUGAAUAUUGAGGCCCCAAAAGAAAAAUUGAGACCAAUACCAAUUGGUGUAUCGGCAGACUUACUUGUUGGUCAAAAAGUGUAUGCAAUUGGAAAUCCUUUUGGACUUGACCAUACACUUACAACUGGUGUCAUCAGUGGGCUUCGAAGGGAAAUCAGUUCCGCUGCAACUGGCCGGCCAAUCCAGGAUGUCAUACAGACCGAUGCCGCAAUAAAUCCAGGCAAUAGCGGAGGUCCACUUCUUGAUAGUUCCGGGAACCUCAUCGGGAUAAACACAGCUAUAUACUCUCCAUCUGGUGCUUCAUCUGGUGUGGGUUUUUCCAUUCCUGUUGACACAGUAAGUGGUAUUGUUGAUCAACUGGUGAAGUUUGGGAAAGUUACCCGACCUAUUUUGGGGAUUAAAUUUGCACCCGAUCAAUCCGUGGAGCAGCUUGGAGUAAGUGGAGUUCUUGUCCUGGAUGCUCCUCCGAAUGGACCAGCUGGGAAAGCAGGACUUCAAUCGACCAAACGUGACUCCUAUGGAAGGCUUAUUUUGGGCGAUAUAAUCACAUCAGUGAAUGGGAAGAAGGUCACCAAUGGAAGUGAUUUGUACAGAAUUCUUGACCAAUGCAAAGUCGGCGACAAGGUAACAGUAGAAGUUCUGCGUGGAGAUCAACUCGAAAAGAUCCCCGUUGUCCUGGAACCAAAGCCGGAUGAAUCGUAGUGCUGCUGCUGCAGCCAUUGUUGUAUGUAAAGUAUGGUAUUCUUAAAUUAGCUCUUAACGUUCAACAUCUACUAUUUAACAUUGUAAAUAGACACGGAAUGAAAGGAGGUGCUGCCUAGCUCCUCUUGUGUACUCACUCUGCCUCCUGCCUGUAUCAUUCACUUACAAUUACACCCAAAGCAGAGUUGAAGCGGUUUGGGCU